AUGACCUCCGGUAUAGAAAAGAAACGAGUUUUGGUGGUAGGAGCGGGCGCAGCUGGUAUGAGCUGCGCCGAUAUGCUCUCUCAGCAUCCGGACAAGUUCGAUGUGACGCUCGUCGAGGCUCAGGACUACUGCGGUGGGCAAGCGUUCUCUAUUCCUAUCGACGAGGAGAAGCAUGGAGCUGCGUGGUUGAACCAAGGAGUUCAGGGAGGCUCAUGGAUAUAUCACCACACAAUCAGGAUGUUCAACAGACAAGGAUACGACGUAUCGCCUGUUGAAUUACAGGUUUCAUUUGGCAAGGGAGAAGAGUUCUGGACAAACGUGUUCCCCACCAAGCUUGUGGAACGGCAUGCGAAGGAGAUCAAGCGGUUCAAGUGGGCCGUGAAAGUGAUGCGCUGGUUCGAACUAUUCUUUGCCAUCCUGCCCAUCAAGGUCACUCUGAAGUUAUUCAUGUUUUCCGACGAAUUCAUUAACUACAUGAUACUCCCGAGCAUGGCUCUUUUCCUUGGUACCGGGAACGCAACACCCGACAUUCCGACUGUCAUGAUGGAACGCUUGUAUACGUCUCCUACCUACGGCAUGUGGUACCCGGUAGACGACAAGAGUCUGUCAAGUAAUCUUCCUCCUAUGAACGUGUUCCCCGAAUUCACCAAGUUCUACGAUAAAUGGCAAGCAUCGCUCGAGGAACGAGGCGUCAAGGUUCGACUGUCGACGGAGGUCACUGGCGUCCGGGAGCGGAGCAAACGGGGGGUCAAAGUGGCAAUUCGCCCUCGUCGUCCCCAACCCGACCGUCACAAUCCAAACGCUGCCGAUCAAGAUUUGCCUGAAUCAGUCGAGCAAUACGACGAGCUCGUCCUAUGUGUUCUAGCUGACGCCGCCAAGGUCCUGUUGGGCAAGACUGCGCGCUGGGUGGACAGAUUCGUGCUGGGUAACACCAAAUGGAGUGACGAUGUCACGGUAACCCAUAAUGACGUGUCGUAUAUGGAGAAAUGGUACACGCCCCACUUCGAUCCCGAGUUUGCCGUCGCGCAUUUGCAUGGACGAGACGAUACUCAGCGCAUCGAGAAAGCCAAGAAGGACUUCCGCCCCAUGUAUUUUAUCAAGGAGAUCCCGGACGACCCACGCAAGCUUGAGAUGUGUUUCGAUUGCAGUGCAUUUCAAUAUCAAAUACCGGAGGACAUUCCGUUUGAGAAUCACGUCUUCCAGACCAUUUUUCUCAAUAAAGCGCACGAUCAGACGUGGUCCAAGCAUGAAAUUUCCCAGGACAAAAUCAUUCGCGAAGAUUGGUGGCACCAACUAUGUCACGCAUGGACCCACUACCUGUUUGUGGUUCCGUGGCUUUGGCUCCUCAACGGAAAUCGUUCGACGCGCUACGCUGCGGCGUGGACGCUUGUCAAUGCGCACGAACUGGCAGUGAUCUCUGGUAUGGCGGCUGCCUAUCAGCUCGGCGCAGACUAUCCGGCGGACCUUGACCAAGAUUCGUUCGCGCGAAUGUGUUUCCGUUUGUACCUCUUGCUGACGCACGGAUCGUGGUAUAAGAGGGGAAAGAGGACCAAGGCUUAG